GGGAGGAGCGAGAGGAGAGUCAGGAUGAGAUUGGGUGGUAAGAGGGGAGAUUGUAUUUGAAAUAAUAGUUUUAUUUUUAGGUGUAGAUUCUUUAAUAUUGAUAUAGCAAAAGAAGUGGGGUUAGUAGUUGGUAGUUGAUCAUUAUAUUUUUUGAUUGCAUCGCGCAUACUGCAUUUAUUUAUAGGUUUAAUUUUAAGUAUUUCUUUAGUUUGCUGAAUACUUUUCGUUCGUGAGUGUGAAAGGUCGUGUUAUAGUUAGCUCCGGGAAGUUUUUAAAUUCAUCGGUUUUUAUUAGCUUAACGCGAUUUCAAAUGCAAAUAGCAAUUCAUAUAUAUAAUCGGAAAGUGAAUUUUGCUAAAUAGCAAAGUGAUAGUGACACUAGUUUAAGCAAAUCAAAUUAAAUUAAAAUAUACUUUGACUAGGAAGAAAACGGUGAAAGUGAAGAGAAUAGUGAUAGGCGAAAAGGAGCGUAGCAGCGGCUUCGUGUUUUACAUCUAGUAAAAAUAACACAUACAUACAAACACAAAUAACAAAUUGUGAACCAUAAUAAACACAAGAAUCGAUAACACCGUGCCUCAAGGCUUGGGACGUCGGCAAAUAAAUAAAAAACACUCAAAAGUGCAGUGAAAUGUCAGCCAAGAAAAUGGGUGACUGCCAUAAAUGCAAAGGCCUACUACGCGGUGAGAGUGGAAUCCGCUGUGAAGGUAUAUGCGGCAAAGUGUUUCACUGGGCAAAGAAAUGCUCUGAUCUGGAUGAGUACAGUAAAAAAGUACUUGCGGACAAUGCCUAUGUGCGCUUUAUGUGUGAUGGUUGUCUCACAUAUAUGCAUAAUAUUGAUGAGGUGUUGCGAAACAUGAAUAUCUCUAUAGAGAAUAAUAGUAAAAACAUAAAAGAGUGUAAAUACGACUUUCAAGAGUCGCAAAAAAUGCAGGUUAAAGAGCUAAGAGCUCCUUUUAGAAGCAAUAGAGAGGAAAUUCGAUGAGCGUAUAGAUGCAAUGCAAAGAGUUCAAAAAACAUGCGAAACGGGCAUAGCUGAGGCAAAUAAGAUGAAAGCUGUAGCUGAGGAUGUGAAAAACAUAGCCAAGAUCUAUGCGAGGCUAUGGUACGAAAUGAGAGUCAAAGUAGAAAAAUAUGUGAAGAAAUAAAAAAGUCAGUAAGUGAAGGGUUGAAAUCAACCCAUCAUAGCAAGGCCUCAUAUGCUAAGCGUUUAAAAAGCGGAAUAGUGAAUCACAAAGAGCCGAAAAUAAAUUAAGAGAAACCGCUGAUCAUAAAACCGAAAGAGAAGCAAGACGCUAUGAAAACAAAAAAAGACUUGAAUAAGAACGUUGAUCCGUCGGAUCUAAAAAUAAGCAACGUGCACGGUAGGAAAAGUGGUACAAUCGUUAUUAAAAGCGAAAACGAGUCUGAGCGCGAUAAAAUAAAGACCGCAAUUGCAAAUAAAAUGAGUGACCGCUAUGAAAUUAGAGUGCCGAAUACGGCUAAACCCAAGUUUAUGGCGUUUGGAGUAAGCCUUAAAUAUGAAAGCGAGCAACUUGCAGAAAUGAUUAAAAAACAAAAAGAAUGUUUAAAAAGUGCUGCCUUUGAAAUUAUUAAAUACAUUGAAGUCAAGAAAGAUAAGUCUACAUACUAUAAUGUGCUCAUUAAAACGGACGUUGAUACGUUCUCGGCAGAACUCAAAAGCGAAAAAAUAAAUAUUGGGUGGGAGAAAUGUAGAGUCCAAGAUGAUAUGGGUGUGUCAGUCUGCUACAAAUGUAAGGGCUUCAAUCAUAUAGCUACGAAGUGCAAGGAUGAAGAGGUCUGCCUGAAGUACUUGGGUAAUCAUAAAACAAUGGAGUGCACAAAGGAGCAAAUAAACAAGUGUAUCAAUUGCAUUCGUGCAAACAAAAAAUUUAAUCUAAGGCUCGACGUGAACCACUUGACAAUUAAUCGACAGUGUCCUGUAUACAUGAAGAAACUAGAGCAUACGAGAAAUAGAGCCAGCUAUUAACAAUUACAGUCAGUUAAUAGGAACCCUGACAUGGAGUUGACGGUUCACCCAGUACAUGAAAAGCAUAACAGUGACUUGAAAUGCGUUUAUCUUAACAUAAGUAGUAUAAUAGCUAAUAAAAUAGAGCUUGAAAGGCUAAUUGAACUUGUUGAUCCGGAUAUAGUUCUAUGUUCCGAAACUUGUACAACAGAGGAAAUAUACGACUAUGAAAUACAGUUUCCAACAUAUCAGGUUGUAAGUUGUGACUCGUACAGUAGACAUACAGGAGGGGUAAUCAUAAUAUUGCGUAACGCACUAGAUUUUAAAAUAAUACUAAACAAAUCUAUCGAUAAAAAUGUUUAGUGUGUAGUUAUCCAACUGAAAAAUCUCGAAACCAAAUGGAAAAUCGGGGUGGUCUAUCACUCACCUAGUUCAAGUGAUGCUGAUUUUCUAGCAUAUAUGGAGACCAUUUUGUCGGAAAUAUGAGAUAACAUGGUUAAUACUAAUAUAAUAUAAACCUGAAUAUAAUGUCGACAUAUAGUAAGAAACUGAAUGAGAUAUUCGCCCAUCAGGCAAUGAAGCAGUUAAUUAACUUUAAUACUAGGGUUACUGAAUAUUCCGAAACACUGAUCGACUUAUUGUACUCGAACGCUAAGGAAGUUUCAUGUGAAAAAGCGGAGGAACAUAGAAUGUCGGAUCAUGAAACUAUAAUGUUCAAAUGCGAUAUAAAAAACAAGGCCCUAUCAGUAAACUAUCUGAAAUAACUUCGUGGGAUGGGUACAGCCCAGACAACCUCAUAAAUAUUUUGAGACAAUGCACCUUCCUGACCUGAAUAGUCUCAGUCCUGAUGGUAUGCUCGAACAUAUUAAUAAUUGUUUGAUUUCGAGUAUGAAUCAACUAACUUCUCGUGUACAAAAGCGGGUCAAAAUCAGAAAUAAAUGGUUUGACAGACAAUUGACUGAAACUAAUAAAGAAAAAUUUAAGUUAUACCAAAGGGCAGUGAUCACUGGUGAUUGGGUAGAAUACAAUGAAAUAAAGAAAGCGUAUAAAAAAAUAAUUAGAAUUAAAAAAAUACAAUAUAUGGAAUACAAGGUGGAAAUUAAUAGGGUGAUAGUCGUUUAAUGUGGAAACAUUUGAAGAAUAUUGUCAAUAAUACAGAUCACAAAGAAAACAUCCAAGAAGUUCUAAUCAACGGUAAAAUAUAUAGCAAUAGUACUGAAAUCGCUGACAAGUUAAACAAUUUCUUUGUUGAUAGUAUCAUCGAUAUUAAUAGGAAUAUAGAAAACAUUAAUUAUGAUCCGAUUCAACAUAGAAAAUAGAUGAUAUUACUCAUAUAGUGAUGAAGUUCAAGAUAAAAAUUGGUGGAAAUAAUUUAUUAUCCGAGGGUGUAAUCAAAGACUCCGUUGAAUACAUGGGUCACUUUUACGCCCUAUUAGUAAAUAAGAGCCUUCAGUUGGGAAUAGUUCCGACAGAAUGGAAAACUUCGACCAUUGUCCCAAUAAAAAAGGUCAAAAACACCAUAAAAUCGGAGGAACUCAGG